AUGGCCGACGCCGUGCUGCCGCCUCCGCGCUCGCGGCUCAUCCUGGAGCGUGUAUUGGGUCUCACAGCGCUUAGUAAUGCGCAGGUGGCGGUGAAUCCGGUCUCUGGCGAACUGGCUUAUGCUGCGGGCUGCAUUGUGGUGAUCUACAACUUGCGACGCAACAAGCAGGUGCGGUACUACCGCGUGGACAAGAGCGUCUCAUGUCUGUGCUUCUCGCCCAACGGCCAAUUCCUCGCUAUUGGAGAGAAAGGUUAUCUACCAGCUAUCACUAUCUGGGAUGGCACAGACGGCACGCUCUGUGCCGAGUUGCAGCGUCAUCAGUACGGCGUGGCUUGUAUGGCCUUCAGUCAGGACGGACGCUUCCUACUGUCUGCUGGGCUCGUACACGAUCAGCAUUUGUACGCCUGGGAACUUAAGCUCAAAAUGAAGGAUGCAGUACGACGACUCGAGGUCGCUGCAGUGGGCUGCGCCUUCGUGGAAGACAGGAUCUAUGACGCAGACUAUUGCCAGGCCGGUAACUUCUUCGUCACCGUUGGAGAGAAACAUUUCAAGUACUGGUUCUUGGAUGAUAAUGGAGCGUUUCUAAGCACUGGGCUUCGUGUGAACGACUUGCCUGAGCUGCAACAUCGAGAUGCUGUGGUGAAUGCAAAGACGUCAGCAACGUUUACGGGAGUGGGGUGUGGACAUGGGAGCUGUGAGUUGAAGACAUUUGCGGUAACUUUGGACGGAACACUAUGCUGCUUUGGCGCUUCUGGUAUCAUGGAACGACUGGUAUCGUUGGAGUCGAAUUGUGGGAACGCUAUCUCGGUAACGGAAGCGUAUGUGGCGGUGGGUGGAUCGAGUGGAGUUGUAAGGUUGUUUAAUCCUUCGACACUCGAAUACCGUGCCACGUUACCCUUUCCGCCUGCGUUUGGUGCCGCCAAUGAACCAUCGAAGCUUACUCCUGCGUCACCGAGUGUCCUGUAUCCAGCUGAACCAUUUCGAUACGCGGCAGUGAUGGCUACUCGAAUUACAGGCUCCCAUGUGAUUGUGUUUUAUAGCGAUCGAAGCAUUUUCAUCUAUGGUACGACCAAUCUUGAUGCUGUCACUCUUGAACUCUCGUUUUUGUAUCAUAGUGGAGGAAUUCGAGACUUGCAAGUCGCUGGGCUUGUACGUGGUAUCAAUGCAAAAGGGAAAAUAGCAUUCUACGACAGUGGAGUAGCAGGUGGAGUAGCUACAAAAAUCCUACCUACUGGAACGUUUGUGACUUGCUCAGAUGAUAAUACUGUUCGUCUGUGGAAUUUGGAAUUACAUCGACGACCGGCAAAGUCAAGUCGCUUCAAGCCAAGCGAUGAACGGUCAGAGCUCGGGUUCUGGAAAAAUCCAUACAGCCAGGAAAUGUUACGGAUUAUUUACAACGACCUUGAGAACAAUUUCAAAGAUGCGCAGUGCGCCGUUCUAGGAGGGACAUGCUCUCACGAUUCCAGCACGAGUGCACACUCACCGACAAAGAAUCACGGUCUGAACAAAGGACUUAGAACGCUAGCUAUUCGUCCAGACCUGAAGGAAAUUGCUGCUGGGGAUCGAGAAGGAAACAUUGUUGUGAUGCCUGUGCCUCUCGAGAAACCCGUAAUACGAAUUGGAGCUCACAGCUCACAGGUGAAUUGUCUUGCAUACAGCAGUAUGAACGAUGAUGGGGCGAUAUUCAUGGCUUCGGGAGGGAAAGAUCGAUUAAUCCAGUUGUACGAUUGCCAACGGGGUCAUGCUGUCAUCAGCACAUUGGAAAGUCAUUCGGCUGCUGUGAUGACUGUGUCGCUUUCUCGUGAUGGAAAGAUCUUGCAGAGUUGUGGGACCGACAAUGCUGUUUCGGUGUCUAAAGUUGAUGCAAAAGGCAAAGUGAUGCAGUCCAAAGUGCUCCCAUUAACUGAGGGCAAAGUGUUUGAUACAGUUUUGCAGCCUGAUAGUGAUACUGUUGUGGCGUGCUGCAACAAUAAAUUAGAGGUGCUAAACGCCAGUACUGGGAAGCAACAGCUGACGCAUGUGGUAGGAGAGCAGCAUCACAUUGCUGUCUGUCCUGCAAAUUAUUGCGUUGCGAUGAGCGGCUCAAUGGCAGAAAAAACUAUCCAUGUAAUCGACAUGAAGACCGGGGACACAUUAGCUACCGGCACCGGUCAUAGCGAAGCGAUUACGGCGCUAAAGUUCACACCAGAUUGUCGUCGCUUAUUGUCUGCUAGCAGUGAUGGCUGCGUAUUUCUCCCUCUCCUGCCACAGAUACUGAUCACCAGGCAAUUGCGUUGCCCCCUCCAGCGCCCCCAGUUUCAGGGCCCUCCAAUGCUGGCUUAA